GUUUUCUCAUUUCGCUGGUACUCGCCGUUUACACAGCGUUGAAUACACUUUGGUUACCAGCAAGCCUCUUUACUGCAGCCAUUACUGCAACAAACAUGGGUGACUCUGCCGUUACCGUCCGAACUCGCAAGUUCAUGACGAAUCGUCUGCUUCAGCGCAAGCAGAUGAUCGUGGACAUUCUUCACCCCGGCAAGGCAACUGUCCCAAAGACUGAGGUCCGAGAUCAGCUCGCCAAAAUGUACAAGACGACUUCAGAUGUGAUUUUCUGCUUUGGGUUCCGCACCCAGUUUGGAGGUGGCAAGACGUCAGGAUUCGGACUGGUGUACGACACACUGGACUUCGCAAAGAAGUUCGAGCCCAAGCACAGACUUGCAAGGCACGGACUCUACGAGAGAAAGCGCCCCUCAAGGAAGCAACGUAAGGAACGAAAGAACAGACAGAAGAAGGUCCGUGGAACAGCCAAGACCAAGGUGUCAUCUGGCAAGAAGUAAUGAGGUGUUGAGUUACAGCAAGGGGGACUAAUUAAACAUGAAACCGGACACACCCGAGGAACACUUGGGGUAAACAAUAAUUUGGGUCAUCAUCAAAUAAAGAUAAUGUACAGAUUGCCAUCCAGACAUACAUCAAAUACUGAGGUCAAUAAACAAAGCAGUUCUUAUUGAAAGCUAA